CAUUUAUGGGCAACGUACAAAAAAAGAGGUUAAUUGUGCAAUUGUGAGGUUAACAAAUGCUACAUCGCCGAAUUUUUUAUAAUGUUUAAUGAAAAGCUAGUCAUUUUAUGUUCGUUAUUAUUAAGCUAUAUUAUAUGCGUUACUGCGAACGAUGUUUUGGGCUGCGGGGGCUUCAUCAAAAGCCACGUCCCCAUUGAUUUUUCCAAAGUCGUCGUUAAAUUGUUGACGAAACAGGGUAUAGUUAAAGAUCAGACUAAUUGCGCUCCAAAUAAUGGGUAUUAUUUUAUUCCUUUAUAUGAUAAGGGCGAAUAUAUCUUACAGCUUGAACCCCCACCAGGUUGGAGUUUCGAUCCAAUAAGAAUUAAUGUUAACAUAGAUGGAAAGAAUGAUAUUUGUAGUCAGGGGCAUGAUAUUAAUUUUAAAUUUAAGGGAUUUGGUAUUACAGGAAAGGUAGAGAGUUUGGGUAGUUCUAACGGUCCUUUAGGCAUUGAAGUAAAACUUAAAACAGAUUCAGAAGUACGUAUAACUGUUACAUCUGAAAAUGGAUUAUUUUUCUUUACACCUGUUUAUCCUGGUUUACAUACUGUGGUGAUUUCACACCCGAAAUGGAAAAUUAUAAGAGAUACGGUUGUUGUAACUGUAGCAGAGGGAAACACGGAAUUACCAGCAAAAUCGUUAAUUAUAGCUGGUUAUGAUGUUAGUGGUUACGUAAAAAGUUAUGGGGAAAAUAUUAAAGGGGCUACUUUAAUUUUGUAUUCGGAGAAAAACAUGAAUUUAAAAAUAGAAGACUGCGUCCAAACACCACCUGAUAAUAUAAAAAUCGAAGAUAAUUAUUUAUGUUACGUAGAAUCAGAUGAAAAAGGAUUCUUUUCAUUUUCAACAGUUCCUAUAGGAAAAUAUCGCAUUGUUCCAUUUUAUCGCGGCCAAAAUAUACAUUUCUCACCACAAUCUAUUGAAUUUACAGUCGAACAUAACAGUUACCAACUACCACAAUCGUUCGAGAUAAUAGGUUUUAGUAUUUUUGGAAGAGUAUUAACCUCAGAAGGUGGCCGACCUUUAAUCGAUGGUACAAUCUACCUAAACGCCGAAGAAGUCGCAAAAACAGACCAAAAUGGAAUUUACGCAUUAGAAAAAAUUAAGGCCGGAGUUUACACUUUAUCCGUACGCGCGGAUAACUAUCAAUUCGAUCAAAAAACUGUUAAAAUUAACCCUAGCAUAUCGCAAUUACCUGAAAUUUAUCCCGCAUCAUAUUUAUUUUGUGGCCACGUCAUCAGCGAACAGUCACAAAGUGUUAGUAUAACUCGUAUUGGGUCAACACAACAUUUUACCAUCCAUACAGAACCUGAAACCGGCAAAUUUUGUGAAUAUCUUAAACCGGGGAAAUAUCAAAUUCAAGUUUUAGUUAAUGAGAAUGAUAAACAACAAGGAAUUCAGUUCUUCCCAGUGUCUCAUACAGUAGAAAUAUCAAAAAAACCCUUAUUAGAUAUCACAUUUUCUCAAUUAAAAGCAACGGUAUCCGGAAAAGUCGAUUGUCGUCGUCAAAAAGAUUGUUCGUCUUUAAAAAUUAUUUUACGCCCAAUUAUAAAUGACGUAGCCCAAGAUGAGAAAGAUAUUAGUAUGGACAUAAAAGGCGAUACAUACAUUUUCACAGAUAUUCGACCGGGAAUGUACGAAGUGCUUUUAACGCCGAAUCGUUUGUGUUGGAAACAAGAUAAACACAUCAUUUCAAUUACAAGCACGGUUUUAACAGUUCCAACGUUUAUACAAGUUGGAUACACGAUUAUAUUUUCGUCGACGCAUGACGCGAAGAUUUCGUACAAACUUCCGAAUCGCGAAACUAGCGUGUUGGAAAUCCAACAAGGUCGUACGUUGAAGUGCGUUGAAAGUUACGGGAAAUACAAUUUUGUUUUGUCGAGUUGUCACACUUACGCAACGAAUCAAAUUGAAUAUGACACUGAAAGUGAAAAUAAUGAAAUUGUGAUCGUUGCUUUGAAACAUCAUCACAAUAUUGGAAUUAAAUGUAAUAAAGAUUUCGGCAAUAUAACGGUCAAAAUUAAUGUUGAUGGGCAAAAAUCAAUUUCCGAUCCAUUAACUUACAAAAACAACCAAUACACGUUAGAAUUAUAUCUUAGCCCUCAAGAAUCGGCGAUUUUAAUCCCAGAAUCGGAUGUUUUAUAUUUCAACCCACCAAUUUUAUUAAUCGAAGGAAGCGACGAUUGUAAAGAUAUGAAGGACGUUUUCGAAGCGGUUAAGGGUCGCGUUUUCAAAGGGCGCGUUACUCCCCCUUUAGCUGGCGUCCAAAUCACCGUUUCUUCCGAUAAUUCCGAAACGUUAAUGAACGAAACUGAUUCUGAUGGUUUUUAUCAAUUCCACCCAUUAGACGAUUCAAAACAAUACCAAGUGACUGCGGCAAAAGAUUCUUAUGUUUUAGUCGGCCCUGAUGAUCAAGGAAAUUUUAUGGCUCAUAAAUUGGCCGAGAUUAUCGUUGAAGUUAUCGACCAAAAUAAUAAUUUACCGUUACAAGGCGCGUUAUUAUCGUUAUCAGGAGAUCAAAGUUAUAGAAGUAAUCUUCAAACUAAUGAAGAUGGGAGGAUUGUGUUUCAAUCGUUAAGUCCGAGUGAGUACUUUUUACGUCCGAUGAUGAAAGAAUACAGUUUUGACCCCUCGUCAAAAAUUAUCGAUGUUAAAGAAGGAGCGACGGUUCAUGUAACAUUAAAAGGGCGUCGUGUAGCUUACAGCGUUUAUGGUCGAGUAACAUCAUUAAAUAAUGAACCGGAAGAAAAAAUAACGGUUAUAGCAUCGGGGUUAAAAAAUUGUUCUCAAUAUUCCGAAGAGUCAUCCUCCGAGUCAAACGGUCAAUUUAGAAUUCGGGGAUUAUUGCCGUAUUGUUCCUAUAAUCUCCAAGUGAAAGGUGAUCAUUUUGAGCGCGCAGCUCCGAGCGUAAUUGAAUUAGAUGCGAUUAAUAAAGAUAUAGAGGAUGUAAAAUUGGUUGUUUUUCGGCAACCCCAAUCGAUUGAUAUUCUUGGAAGGGUAUUUACCGCAAAUCCGGAACAUUAUCGGUCAUUAAGAGUCAAAAUAAGCCGGGAAAGCUCACCAGCUGGACUUGUAUCGCAAACGAAAAUUGAUACAACCGGCUAUAAAAUAACCGAAGAUUACAACAACGGAGUUUUAAUUCAAUUACCAUCAGUCCCUUUGGACAAUAAACAAUAUUCAGUUCAAUUAGAAACAACUUUACCACACUACACCAAAUUUAAAUUACCUAUUGAAUAUUUCACGGCGAAUACAUCGUUUAAAUACGUCGAAUUAAACUUUGCAAUUAAAGCAAACGUUACGGAUCACAACAUCAAGCAAACAUCCGUUUGGACUUUACUCUUUAUUUUCCUAGUUAUGGUUGCGAUUUAUAACAUCGAUAAGGUUCUAAUCUCCGUCAAAGAAGUCGUCUCGAAACUUAACAUUGACGGUAUCGUUAAUUUUAAAACGCGAAAUCAAGACAAAGAGUACAAUAAUGAUAAUAAUGAUAUUGAUCAGAUCGUACAAAGCAUAAAUGCUACGAAAAAGAAAAGCAAACCAAAAAAGAUUUAAUUUAUUAGCAUUUUUUUUGUUGUAUUAAAGAGUAAUAGGAUAAGUUAA